AGGCUUCAGUUUUUUGACGUGUGUGUAACCCGGCUGCUCUGGGAUUUAGAGAGAGGAUUAUGGCAGUUGUUGAAACCGACGGGCGUUUUCUGGUCUCCAGGGACGACUACUGCACACUGGGCCACCUGAUGAACGACGACAGGAGAUACUUCGACCCAGCAAAAAGGGGCCACAUCAUGCGCUACCUCAUCACCCCUCCCCUCGGCUACGCCCUCCUGCUGGGCAGCAGUCGCUACAGCACCCGUGAGGGCCGGCUGAAAUGCGUGGAGACAGACCUCGCCGUCGUGCAAGCGGUUCUGAGAGACGGUGGCUGGCAUGUAGACUCGCCCUACGGUUGCAACGCGGAAAAGCAAGGCUGUGAAGAGAAGAUCCGGGAACUGGGACAGGCUAACCUGGAGCAAUACUCGUGCUUUCUGUUUUACUUCUCUGGGCACGGGUCUCACGAGGGGAUGCUUUUUCAACCAGACGGUGGAGUCAUCCCGUACAAACACGUAGUCGAUUCAGUCCUAGCUCUGGAGGACUUGCGGGGAAAACCAAAGAUCCUCAUCUUUGACUGCUGUCGCACCGACUGCGGUAGCACAGACUGCAGUAGCAGUGAGAACAAAGCGGUCAAGUCGCUCGGGGAGCAUUUUGCUGCAAAGUACCACGACACAAUCGUCUGUUUCGCCUGCACGGCCAACACGACAAGCAUGGCUCUCGGUGACGACGGGAGCAUCUUCACGCGGAACUUUGCCAGCAAGUUGGACCAGUUUGGGAAGGUGAUGUCGUUUGUGGAGCUCCUGACGCAGGCCAUGGGAGAGACCUUCAUCAUGACCAGGUAUAGAUUCGGUUCAGAGGAGGCCCAGCAACCGAUCAGCUACUCUGGACUCAACUCCCAGCUCCUACUGAAAGAAACCCGUUUGACCACUGAAGACAAGGAACGAGCUAAACGCAGCAAGUACCGCAUUGUCUUGGUUCCUGUGAGGUCUGAGGUGGAGUCAAAGGGACCCAUGGAGAGGAGGCGAGAUGAUCCAGCUGAUCCCAGCAGCCACAGCCUGUACCCUGCACCCACUCCUGUCUCUGACUCUUCAAGACCUGCAACGACAGGGGCGACCCCCGAACCAGCCACGCCCAUACCUGCUGGGGAAACCACACCCAUGGACACUGGUGCUCCUGAACCAGUAAUGAAAGACCACGUCACAACAAAGACCAAGUUUAGCUCCAGACAGGACGUCGUCUCAAACCUCUCCUCUCUCGGUCGCGGGCAUCACGUGUUCCUCUGCUACCUUCCAGACCCCGCCUCCCCCUACGGAGCUCCGGACCUCACCCGCGUCAGGAACAACCUCUCCCUCGUCACUCUCCUACAGUACGACCUCACCCGGCACGGGUUUGCCGUGAUCUCUGACCUCAGUCUCGGAGACCAGGAACCGAUGAACCUGCUCCAGUGGUACAUCCGACAGAUUGAGCUCUGCGAUCACGUCGUUCUCGUCUGCUCGCCGGCUCUCAAAGAGUUAUUCUCGACGUGUCAGCCACGGGAGCCGAUCGCGGACCAAAAAGCCGCACGGUUUCAGGUCUACAGCUCUGCCAUAUACUCCGAGUGCGAGAGGUGCAUGAGGAGUGGCGUGGGGAAAUUUGUGCCGGUCGUUCUCGAGCCAGAGUGGCGGAAUUUCGACAGGAGCGUCCCGCUGUUGUUCCGUGGGAGCCACGUCUACGAGUUGUAUGGGACGAGGGCGAGACUGUUUGACUAUGACGACAUGGCGGGGCACUUUGAGCGGAUGGUGUGUCGAAUGGUGGGCAUUAAUAGGAGAGAGCUGGAUGCUCCACAGCGGGGGGCUCCCAUCAUUUUCACCUCCUCAUCUUCUGUUGAGGAAGUGAACCGGACCAAGUACCUCGCCCAGGCCCACAUGCCUCGACCUGGGUAUGUCACGGUACAGUCUAGAGUGGGUGGAGGGAGCCUGCAGAGGUCCAGCUGGGAGGAGGCCUGGGCCAAGGUCCCUCUCGAAGGGCACAGGAAUCACUUUGACUCUCCUCCGUCCUACAACACAUCACAGACCACAGGUGCAAAAUGCUGAUGAAGUACGACAGUAGAUACUUCGAUCCAGCAAAGACCCAGGCUGAACGUAAAAUAGGUAGUGUGCACUUUAAUUAGCUACAUAUACACCUUGUAACUGUAAAGCCAAUAUGCUAAUUAGCACAGGCUUACCUAGAUCGGGUCCGCUUGCUUUGAAGGCACAAGAAGUCACAACGAAGGUCGUGUAUCGAUUCCUGCAUGGUAUCUACUGCUGUAGCUGGCCCGUGUCAGACUCUCCGCGAGCUACUAGCGGGAGACCACGAGUAAACGCAUACUACUAUAUAAGAGCCCAGCCCAUCAAUUAGUACCACGCAUGUGCAGUUUUUGCCCAGGGUUUGCACUUUAGUGCUUUUCAUUAUAAUGGUGUUCAUUGUUGUUGGUUGGCAGGUGGUGGGAGUGUGACUGGAGGGAGUGUGACUGGAGGAUGUGGGGUAAUGAGGAAUGAGACUGCCACUGCCACACCCAGCCUCACUGCAGCUCUCCCCAGUACAGAGGACACCCAUCCUCCACACGCUCAGGUAUUGAUUUAAUGCUGGCGGUGAGUGAGAACAGUGAAGUUCACCCAAGUGUAGACUUACAGUGGAACCUGUGUACUACUAUUAGACCUCAGAGGUAGGGACGACCUCUCUCUAUACAUACGAGGGACAAUAAUAUGGUGUGCCCCAUAGUGUCCCUUGUUCGGAGGUUUCGCUGUAGUGGCACGAGAGCAAAGUGUAAAGAGCACUUUUGAAAUGAAAAAACAAAUUUUUGAGGCAGAUUUGAGUGGGGGGUUUGUUCCUAGAACGAGUGUAGUGGAGUGGUGCUUUUUUCGUCAAAAAAACCGGUAUAUAGUACAUUGCAACCUUUCUCCACAGAUACACUACGUUGCUACAAACUAUGGAGGCACUCCAUCCACCGUUCCUCCCCCACCUUGUACCUCCACCUCCUUCCCCACGCCCAUUACUGACGACCCAGACCCCGCCUCCCUCCUCCCCCUCACCCCUCCCCCAACACCACUCCUCCUCUGGCUCAGCGAGCGCGUGGUCCAGUGGAAGUUCCUCGGCCGCUACCUCGACGUGAAAGAGCACGACCUCGACCGCAUCUCUCUCGAGAACCAGAACGACAUCCGGGAGCAGUGUUUCCAGAUGCUCAAGAGGUUCUCAAUGGAGGCAGGGCCCCGCAGCACCUGCCAGCGACUGGGCAGAGCUCUGCUGGAGAGCGAAAGAAACAAGCACCUCUUUGCCGAGUUCCUGUGAGAAAGUGGGCGAACUUUUGUCCAACGAAAGUUAGCAACGCAUACAGUGUAGCUUUACAUGUCUGCGAUGUGAGCACAAAUUCCUGUUCGUAUCUGAAAACACUUCAAGUUA